CUUCCGGCGGGCCCGCCUCCUCUUUGCCCUAACAGCGGGCGCGCGAUGGAUCCCGGUACGUGGUUGUUCGGCGGCGAGUUCGAGGACUCGGUGUUCGAGGAGAGGCCGGAGCGGCGGGCAGGACCGCCGGCGUUCUACUGCGCCAAGCGCUGCGAGCCGCAGUGGUUUUAUGAAGAAACGGAAAGCAGUGAUGAUGUUGAAGUGCUGACUCUCAAGAAAUUCAAAGGAGACCUGGCCUACAGACGGCGAGAGUAUCAGAAAGCACUGUGCGAGUAUUCCAGUAUCUCUGAAAAAUUGUCAUCAACCAAUUUUGCCAUGAAAAGGGAUGUCCAGGAAGGCCAGGCUCGGUGUCUGGCUCACCUGGGUAGGCAUAUGGAAGCGCUGGAGAUUGCUACAAAUUUGGAAAAUAAAGCAGCCAAUACAGACCAUUUAACCACAGUACUCUACCUCCAGUUUGCUAUUUGCUCAAGUUUGCAGAACUUGGAGAAAACGAUUUUCUGCCUGCAAAAACUGAUUUCUUUGCAUCCUUUUAAUCCUUGGAACUGGGGCAAGUUGGCAGAAGCUUACCUGAAUCUGGGGCCAGCUCUGUCAGCAGCACCUGCGUCAUCUCCGAAACAGCACAGUUUCACCUCAAGUGACAAAACGAUCAAAUCCUCCAUUCCACACUCGGGAAAAGACUGUCUUUUGUGUUUUCCUGAAACCUUGCCUGAGAGCUCUUUAUUUUCUAUGGAAGCAAGUAGCAAUAAUAGACAGAAAAAUGAGAACGCUCUUACAAAUAUCCAAAACUUUACGGCAGAAAAGAAAGAAGCAGUGCUGCUAGAGACUCAGCUGAAAGCGUGUGCCUCUUUCAUACGAACCAGGCUUCUGCUUCAGUUUACCCAACCUCAGCAAACAUCAUUUGCUUUGGAGAGGAACUUAAGGACUCAGCAGGAAAUUGAAGAUAAAAUGAAAGGGUUCAGCUUCACAGAAGACACUUUGCUAUUGAUAGCCAAGGUUAUGGGAGAAGAUAUCCCAGAAAAAAUAAAAGAGGAAGUUCACCCAGAGGUGAGGUGUGUUGGCUCCGUAGCCCUGAGUGCCUUGGUGACCGCAUCCCCGGAGGAAUUUGAAGACAAAUGGUUCAGAAAGAUCAAAGACCAUUUCUGUCCAUUUGAAAAUCAGUUCCAUACAAAGAUACAAAUCUUGGCUUAAUGGGUUAUAAAAAACAAAACCGCAAACAUCUUGUGCUGUAUUAAUUGUCCUUGUUUACCUCAUGCAGGAUCCACUGUAAAUCAUGGAGUAUAACGAAUUAAAAGUGAUUAUGUUUUAUAAAACUGGCUUCUGUCUCAAAUGA